AUGGAGAGACAGAGCCAAUGUGCAUCGUUUCUGUUUGAGAAUUAUCCAAACAGAUUUGUCCAUGAUGCAAUCAUCCCCAAUCAGGAGGGAUGCAAGUUCAGACCUGACUUUAGGUUGGAGACAGAUGACACCAAUCUUAUUGUCGAGGUCGAUGAAUAUUCCCACUUCGGAUAUGAUCUGGUCCAGGAGAAGGAUAGGAUGAUACAACUGGCAUCCAUUGAUGGCAAAGAAUCCACAGUGUUCAUUCGAUUCAACCCUGACCGUCAAAUCAAUAAUGGAACGAUCUCAAAGGUGGGAAUUGUAGAGAGACUGGAGUCCUUGAAGAGUGAGAUUGAUCACUGGCUCACCUUCGAUGCUAUGUCCGGAUGCAAGGUGGUCUACUUGUUCUACAAGAACAAACCUAUCAGAGUAGAGGUUGAUCUUCCUAUUCCCAAGCCAUCUACAACUACCACAACGACAACAACCUCAACAUCAUCAACGUCGACAACGACUACAACACCCAAGACCACAUCAUCCAAGACAACAUCAUCCAAGACACCAACACCAAAGACAACAACACCCAAGACAACAUCAUCCAAGACAUCAACACCAAAGACAACAACACCCAAGACAUCAACACCCAAGACAACAUCAUCCAAGACAACAUCAUCCAAGUCAACAACACCCAAGACAACAACACCCAAGACACCAACACCCAAGACAUCAAUGAUGACUUCAACAUCCACGACUACCACAACAUCAAUGAAGACCACACCAAAGAAGUCCACAUCAACUACAACACCAAUGAAGAACAGUACAUCAUCCAAGACAUCCAGCAGUUCUGACAACAAACGUAAACAAUCCAAUCAGUCAGGUCAGCCUUUGAAGAAGUCAAAGACAACGGAGCCAAUAAUCAUCGAUGAUGAUGAUAUCAAUGAUGCAAUGUUUUAUUCACCUACCUUUAAGAGGUACGAGUCAGUGUCGUUCUACGCCAACUUGUUGAGCGCACUGAAGAAGAAGAGCUAUAUUGGAAGCCCGAAUCACCUCAACCACUACCAAUAUUGA